AUGGGAUCCAAGGGAGGCUGCUGGCUGCUGGCAGUUAUUGCUGGCUUUGAGCCCAUCAGGGUGCAGGAACUGACCUGUGUUGGAGGGCAGACUCCCAACAGCAACAGCAUGGGAGGUGGUCUGCAGGAGCCAGAGGGUCCAGAAGUGAUGUUUGAGUUUCUCUGGGCUGGGAUGGAACUGGAUGCCAUGGGGCAGCUGCAUAUUCAGGACGAGGAGCUGGCAUCUACUCGUCCAGGCUGCCGCCUCAAGCUCCUACAGCAUCUCAUGUCCAGCAACGUGGAGGAUGCUGAGCAGCAGCUGCAGCAGUUCCAACUCCAAAGCUUGCUCAAGGGGCCUCCUCUUAGCCCUUGGGAGUUUGAACAGCUGCUCCUCACAGGCCUGUUAUGCAUCCACAGGCUCCACAUGGCUGGAGAGGCCCAAGAGCGGGCCACUGGGCUGCUGGGCCACUGGGCCCACGCCUUUGCCCUCUUGGCAUAGGAAACACUCUGGGACCUGUGCAAGAGUUUCUGUCCACAGGACCAGCCAUCGUCAUUGGGCCCCUGGGCCUUGGCCCUUGACCCCUCCCCAUAA